GCUGUCGCCUCACACGUAGUAUCUAUCAGCAGAGACAGAAAGACAGAAAGUCUACUCACUUACAACUUGGAUACACUUUAAACUCUCGGUUUUAUUUCAGAAGACAUGGCAGCAGCUGCAGUUAUCACAGAUCAGAAUGUGGUGGAGAGGGUGACCAGCCUUCCUCUGGUGAGCUCCACCUAUGAUUUGGUGUCCAGCGUGUACACCAACACCAAGGACACCCACCCUUACAUCAAGACCGUGUGCGAGGUCGCCGAGCAAGGGGUGCGGACCAUCACCUCCGUGGCUCUCACCACCGCUUCACCCAUCAUUGGCAAGCUGGAGCCUCAGAUUGCCAUGGCCAAUAACCUGGCCUGUAAAGGUUUGGACAAGAUUGAGAAAACCUUGCCGAUUCUUCACCAGCCGUCUGAGCAGAUCGUCUCCAGUGCCAAGGGUGUGGUAACCAGCGCUAAAGAUGUCGUGACGGGCACAGUGUCCGGCGCCAAGGACACGGUCUCAGGCACUCUGACCAGCGUCGUGGACAGGACUCGCGGCGCGGUGCAGGAUGGGAUGGACAAGACCAGGGCGGUUGUCAGCGGGAGCGUCAGCACAGUGCUGGAAAGCAGAGUGGCCCGGAUGGUGAGCAGCGGCGUGGACACGGCCCUCAGCACCUCGGAGAGUCUGGUGGAGCAGUACCUGCCUCUGACAGAGGAUGAACUGGAAUUGGAGGCAAAAACUGUGAAAGGCUUUGACAGGAAGGAGCCAAGCUACUAUGUCCGCCUGGGUUCCCUCUCCACAAAGCUCCGAAAGCGGGCGUACACCACGGCCGUGGCCAAAAUCAGAGAUGGCAAGCAGCGAAGCAUGGGAUUCAUUUCUGAGCUGAACUCCACUGUUGAUCUGAUUGAAUACGGCAGAAAGAAUAUUAACGGGGCUAACCAGAUGGUAAAUGACAAGCUGAACUCCCUGGUGGCGUGGAAGUCCAAUGGUCCAACCCAGGAGAAUGGUCACGAGGCAGAGGUUAUCGAGUCUCGCACCUUGACCCUGGCACGUUCCCUCACCCACCAGCUCCAGACCACCUGUCUGGUCCUGGUCUCCGGCCUGCAGGGCCUCCCCAACCACAUCCAGCAGGAGGCGCUCUCCCUCAGCCGCCUCGCCACACAGGUCUACAGCGGUUUCAGCAAGGCCAACGCACUGGGAGACCUGCCAGACAGUGUGCUGACCAGCAGCAAAGUCCAGCUGGGCAAAAUGAAAGAUUCCCUGGACAACGUCAUGGAUUAUCUGGUCAACAACACGCCGCUCAACUGGCUGGUCGGUCCUUUCUACCCCCGGAUGGCUCCAGAGCCAGCCCGCGCACCGGCUUCCGCUACCUGCUGCACACAAGAUCCGUCCUCCAGCCAGUCACAUCAAGAGGAGCCCAUGGAGGUGGAGAUGGAGUCAUUUCACUCCCAGCAGCAACAGUGAUCCACUACAGCUUUAUGUUCUGAGUCUUAAGUAAUAUAUUCUGCUUUUGUAGUCAAAGAUUUAACUCUUCUAUAGAUUUAACUACUAUAGUUCCAUGUCAAACACAACGCUAUUUUAUACUAUUUUAAUUUAUAGUUCUAUCAGAAAUCAUUUUUAUGCAAGCCAAUCCAGCAAAAUGUAACUCUGUGCUUGUUACAUAAACUUCACUGGAAUAAAUAUUUGCAUUUACUUGGUCUUUUUCCCUUCCUCAUGAAAACCUGAAUGUGCUUUUGUUUCUCUUGAAGAAACAGCUUUGAAAUUCUUAUAAAGUAAUGACAAAUAUUUACUAAGACAUUUUAUAAGUCAUAAGAUAAAUGUGGCAAGAUCUCAACUUAUAUUAAGUUUUUGUUAUAAAGAGCAAACAAUAAAAUGAUGUUUAGUAUGA